AUGCAGCCCUUGAAUCCUUUCCUGAGUGCUUUCUUCAAGAGUGCUCUGCCUACACAGUGUACGCCAGUACACCAUCAUAUAUUAUUAGUACCUACUACCGAAGUUCUCCUUACCUCCCGCGAUCGAGAGACCGGCGCGCUUUACGCAGACCUUGCAGGAUCGGAAGAUUUCCUGGGCAGUCAUGUCUUGCGAGUACCGGCCAACCAUGCUGCGACUGCGGGAGGGAAGGAUGCGCCAAAUAUGCGGGAGAACCGAGGGAAGGCAAAACAAUAUACAACAGUUAAUGGGAGGACUGUCGUGAUCAAAGAUGCUUUUGUUUAUAGUAAUAAGGGAUUUAAGACUUUGAACCAAGCCCAACUCUUAUCAGAUACUUUGUGGUACCCAGAUUCGCUCGAACCACGACAAUGGCUUGUCUACUAUAUAUCUAGACCUUUAGUUGGCAUAUUCGAGGAAAUCAAAAUCACAACUGCGAUGCUAGCCACGAGGCUGACAGAUGGUAGACCGAUUAUCCCAGCGAGGUCGUCCUCAAUGCCUGAUUCCGCUUCUAUGAACGGACUUCCUCGUAAGAAGGAUAUAAAGAGUUUCAGUGACCUUUUGACGAAUUUCCCUAUGAUUGCGAGACAAAUGCAACCCGGCUUGGAGGCCCUGUUUAAGGAAUUUAAUCAAGUAUUUGAAAAGCAAUUACCUCCUCCUCCAUCGGCUGCGAAUAUUCCAGACCCUGUGCCAGAUGGGCCCAUAGCUACAGCGAUGAAGAAAGCACGCUCUAGUAGUUUUUCGACUCCAGGCCAACCGAACGGGCAUGUGCAACGUUAUAUCGUAGAUUUCUAUACCGAGGACGAUGAGAAUGUUAUGCGGGGAGCUCUGGAGACCGCAGUCACGUCUGCGAUUGAUCUUUUCCAAAUGGUUGACAAACAACAACUCUCCCUCCUUGGAGCUACGACGGAUCUUACGGGUCCAAUCGUAGAACGUUUGAUUGAUCGUUAUGUUACCGAGCAAUUGCAUGAUACCAUCUUAUUCCCAAGACUAUGUACAAUGAAACGCCCCGAGGACUUAGAAUUGGAAUCAAAAAUCAGGCAGAUGGAGUUUGUGGAUAUUUCACAAGUUGGUAUACCAAUUCAGGGUGGGCAUCAAGGCAAACAUGAACUCACGUUACGACUUGGUCGUGCUGUCGAAGAAUUUCGGAAAUUGAAUGGAGCAGGAAGCCCUCAGCAGAUGAUGGAUAUCCUACUUGUAACAUUGAAAACAGUGACGCAGCUCAUUGAAAUUCCAACGAGCAUAGGAGGGCCUCCUUCUCCCGAGAAAGUAAGCUCUGUCUUGACUAUCAAUGCUGAUACUCUCGUAUCUUUACUACUGGUUGUGGUCAUAAGGGCGCAGGUCAGGUAUCUCCAGGCUCGUCUUUUAUAUAUGCGUCACUUUAUAUUUGUCGAUGAUGUGGAAAGCGGUGAGAUGGGAUAUGCGCUAAGCACAUUUGAAGCUGUCUUAUCAUAUCUUGUAAGAGAUUCAGGAGGUUUGCGGAAAGCUAGUCGGCGAAACCAUAAAUUAUGGGCAGCCACGAAAAAAGGCAACUUGAAGGAGAUGAUGAAGAUUAUGGAGCCAGAACGAGAGCUUUCUUCGGACGAAGAAGAAUCUGAUCAUGAGGAGGCCGUCGUAGACGACAUAAUCGAUGAGAACAGGCCUUGGAAUACUUCGAAUGGGCAUGCCAGGCGGAGAUCUUCUGGAGUUGCUACCCGGCUUUCUGAAGCAUCUACUCUUACUCACGUAUUUCCCUGGCAGUAUUCACAUGACGGUGCAGAUGAAGAGCGAUUACCACCACUGCGGAGACCCAAAACAGUUACUAUGGAUGUACGAAGUUUAUCUAGCAACUCCGAGAUGUCUUUCAGAUCACGGGCUACCACGAUUGACUCGACAAGUAGCGGCAUCGAAGGCGAUACCUCAAUAGAACGAUUGUCGCAAACUGAAGAUUCAUCUGGCGAGUCUGUUCUUAUGAUGGCCGUUCAGCAUGAGAGACCGGAGUCACUGCGGUAUCUUCUGUCGUUACAAUACUACUUCCCGCUACGGUCGGUUCUUGAAGAUACGAACAAUGAAGGAACAACUUUAUUGAGUGCUGCUGUGCAGUUGGGGCAUACCGAACUUAUUAAUAUAAUACUGGAUUUUGUUUAUCGGGCUUCAUCGGAAUUGAUUGUCGUUGGAUAUCUUUCGAGGCAGGAUAUUAACGGCAGAAGUGUGGCACAUUUUUUGUUUAACUAUCCGGAGCUAAUUUCAAGAGUCGGACGUUUAUUGCCUUGGAGGCAGAAAGAUAAAAAUGGCCAAACGCCACUUUUCGCUUUAUGCAGAUCAUACGACCAUGGACGCUACAGACCUAUGGUAGAGGCAGCACUUGCAGCUGCUACAACUUCCCAAGGAGAUAACCAACCUCUACAUUUGGACGAUCAUGUUGACUUGAAAGGUAACACGUUGUUACAUAUCGUCAAUGAUCCUCAAGUAGCAUUACAACUUCUUUCUCAUUGUGAUUCUGAUGUUAAUGCGACAAAUGAGAAGAAAUUUACGCCGCUCAUGGUAGCUAGCAAAUAUGGUCGAUUAGAAAUGGUUCGAGCUCUAUUUUCAGAUCCUAGAGUAGAUCUUUUUGCCAAAGAACUUCGUGGCUUGACAGCGGUGGAGCUUGCUAAGGAUGAUGACGUACGGAAUAGAAUUGAUGAUUUAAUAUUAUUCUCAGGGCUGCCAGCUACUGAUGGAAGGAUCACGGCUGUAGUGAGGUCAUUUUUCGUUGAGGAUGCAACUAUUCGAUUGGUACUCAAGUCUGGGGCACCAUCGGGGCCUCAAAACUUCACUGUAACCACUUGCAGACGUUCAUUGUCUGAUUUUGAGCACCUGGCAAAAUUACUCGCUCUGGAAAAUCCAGCGUCAUGGUUGCCAUCUAUAUCAGGGAUGAGAUCGCCUUUCCAAUUCCCCUCAAGGCCUUCUAGGGCUGUUCUGAGAGAUAUACAGAUUCAUCUCGACGCAUUUUUGAAAAUUCUACUAGCACAUACCACCUUCUCAACACAUGAAAUGCUAUGGGAAUUUUUCCUGGUACCAGAUAUACAAGCAGAAAUGAUGGAACAGAGGUCUAAAUUGAAGGCUGAGGCAAGGGUAGAAACUGUACGGGAGGAAUACCAGCCAAUUGGUGAUGUUCGCGAUGUCGAGCAAUUCGUAGAUCAUGCACGAGAUAUGGUCCGAAGUGUCAACUAUUCUACCAAAAGUGUAGCGCGCAGGGCUAAUAUGGUGGCAACUGUUACCAUGGAUCUUUACGAUGCUUAUAAGCUUUCCACUCGCGCAAUUUCAACCCUCACCUUUAUUCCUCAAACUCAUAUUUCAGCUCUCGAAGCCUAUACCCAAACACUUGCUCCAUUAUCCACAUCCCCAUAUUCCACUUUCCAUACCACAGUUCUUUCGAUUCAUAGCACUAUAAUCGCCAUGCUACUAUCUCUAUCCCGUCCCACAUCGCUCAUCUCAUCAAUUACUACAUCCCGGAAAUCAAUAGAACGUUCAUACAAUUCUCUCUCCCGAUCAACUCGCUGGCCACUGGGCCUCCUGGACGAAACUCGCCAACGGUUGAACGAAGAAAAAGAAGACAAAGUCCGGAGAACAAAAGAAGAAGUCGAGGAAACUGGAAGAGAAUUAAGAUACACUCAACAAGUUGUAGCGGCAGAACUAGCUGGUUGGCAAGAUUUACACGAGAAGAUGGGGCGGAAAGCUGUGAAAGAUUUGGCGCAGUCAAUGCUUGUCAGAGAACGUACAACAUUGGAGGGGUUGAGAAGAGCAGUCAGGAGGUUAAAGGUUGGAGAGAGGAGAGUUGCGGAGGUUGUGAUGGAGGAGAGUGAAGAUGAAGAGGAGGGUGGGGAGGUGGUGGCUAGUGGUAGUCAUAUUGAGAGUGUCACUCUGUAG